GGUUGAGAAUGGGGUUUUUCGAUCUGAAUAUACCUUACACCGAAUCAAACAAACGGAAUUCCGCCGGCGAUAAAGCAACACGAUUGAAACUCGCUGUGAAAGCCAUGGAGUUGGGUUACACCGGUGUCGCAUACAACCGUACUAUCACCGGAGUAAUGUCGGAAGCCGACCGUUGUUCAAUCUCUCUAUUCCCUCUUUCUUCUGUUCUCAAAGUGUCCCCUUCUAUCUCUUCCUCUGUAAACCUUCACCGCCGCCUCCUCAAUGUUCCAACCUCCACACCUUUCCGUCAAUACACUCGUCUCUCUGUUGUUGUCGAUAUACCCGCGCAAGGAUCAGCUCUCAAUUCGGGCAAUCCGGUUCUUAAAACUUACGACAUUGUUGCUGUCAGGCCAUUGAAACAGGAAUCUUUUGAUCAAGCUUGUAAAAACUACGAGGUGGAUAUAAUUUCCAUUGAUUUUUUGGAGAAUCGGUUUCGGUUGAAGCAGCCCUUGAUCAAAGCUGCGAUUGAGAGAGGGGUAUAUUUUGAAAUUAACUACUCAAGUCUUGUUAUGGAUGCUCAGUUGAGAAGGCAGAUGAUAUCCAAUGUCAAGUUCUUGGUCGAUUGGACACGAGGAAAAAAUCUCAUUUUCUCAAGUGCUGCCCCUUCUGUAGCUGAACUUAGAGGACCAUAUGAUGUUGCAAAUCUGGCAUGUCUACUUGGUUUUUCAAUGGAACGUGCUAAAGCUGCUGUUUCCAGAACAUGUAGAUCUCUCCUAGAAAAUGCUUUACGGAAGAAGAAAUUCUACAAAGAGGCCAUCAGGGUCGAAUUGAUCUCGCCAACUGAGCAGACCGAUAUCGAGGGAGCUGGUUUUGAUGACUGGCUUAAGUGGGAUCCCAUCUCCAGUGGUGAUGGUGAUUUGCAGUUAGAUGACAUGGCAAAGUCCUUUGCAGCCUCCAGCAAAGAAUUGAAAACCGUCAAAGCCAUUGAUUUUGUUUCAAUCAUUGAUGGAUUACCGUCAUAUGGAUUGCACAUCAAUGACAUUAUCUCCGAAACAAAAUCAGAGCCAUAUGGUAGUAGCAGAGACUUGCCUGCUGCUACUAAGGCCAAUAAACUGACUGCUGUUUAUGAUGUACAUAUAGAUUCUAAAAUGCAUGAUCCUCCUGAGAACGAUCAGACUUCGGUGAUGGAGACUCUGGAGAAAGGCCAUCAAUUGAACUAUGGCAAUUGUGACAUCUCCUCUGCAAAUGAAACCCUUGAAGCUUUGGGUAGUGUCGAGGGUGGUGAAACUUGUGCUAUGCUUAUAGAGGAGGAGACAAAGAUACCAAGUAACUUGAACAUAUGCUUUUCUUGUCCUGAAGCCGAGCAGCUAAAUCCGCAACCAGAAGUUUAUGAGGCUAUAUCCGAAGAACAUGCCAGUGAUCAGAAAGGACGUGCAAUUAGUACUGCUCUUCCAACUGCAGGAAUUUCAAUCACGUUUGCUGAUAAUCCAUCUACUCUUCAGUGCAAUGAAGCCAACGGGCUUUCUUCCGAUGCUCCUAUUUAUCCGCCAAUGAUUGCAUCAAAUGAAAUAGGUCUGAAUGAAAGUUGUGGCGAUAGGGUGUUGUCUGUCUCGGAUGCAUCUCUGUAUGAAGAGUUUUUGGAAGGAGAACACAUGAGGGACACAGGAGAUGUUACGGUUUCACCUAUUAACUCAUCUUUGCCCUUGUCUGUUGCAUCUAUGAAUGAAGAUGUUCCAGAAGAACAGUUGACCGUAAUUGCGGGAGAUGUUUCAGUUGCACGUUCCGUAGAACACUCAACUGUAAUUGCGGAAGAUGUUUCAGUCUGUACAUUGGCCACUUCAGGAUCUGAUGAUGAGUUGCAAAACAACGGUGCUAAUUCAGUUGUUCAUGAGCUAUUGGAAGAUUCGUCAAUGGAAGUCCACGGAGAGUUGAAAGAUCAUAGCCAGAUGAAUCAUUUGUAUGGACAUGGGUCUUCAUCAGAGAGAGUCAGAAGAAAGCAAGGGAGUUCACACCAAUCCAUAUCAUUUCCUUUCAAACGCUUGUUGAAACCUUCACAUUUCAAGAAAGUUCGGAAGCUCAAAAUGAAAAAAUCUAUAUUGAGCCUAAGCGAGCUUUAGUGUGCGAUCCACUGUCAUCAGAUGAAUAUCGACAUGUAAGGCUUGCUCUUGCUCUAUUGUCAUUGUCAAGUAACAGUAGCUGCCGAAACCAACCUCCGAGGCCGCAUGCUGCAACACAACCUUUAACGGAGGAAAAUCCCAAUUUUGUUCUUAAUUUAAAAUUUUGUCCGUUUACUCUUCUUAUAGUUAUAUAAAUUUCUGCUCAUGGUUUUUAUAUUGUUUUUAUUAUCAUAAAUAUUAUUGAAUUCAAC